ACAGCCUUUUGCCUCGCCGCGUCUCUAGAGAGUUCUAACUGAUAACAGCGUCAAUGGCGGAUGUGGAGGAGCUUCAGCACGAGAACCAGAGCCUGGAGAAGAAGCCGAGACACAAAGGUAAACACGACAAGCUGAAGCCGUGGGACGACGACCCAAACAUCGACCGUUGGAAAGUCGAGAAGUUCGAUCCGGCGUGGAAUCCGACGGGCAUGCUCGAAGUCAGCUCAUUCUCCACGCUCUUUCCUCAGUACAGAGAGAAGUAUCUUCAGGACUCUUGGCCCACGAUCGAAUCCGCUCUCAAGCAAUACGGCGUCGCUUGCAAACUCAACCUGGUUGAAGGUUCUAUGACUGUUUCGACGACGAGGAAGACGAGAGAUCCGUAUAUCAUUGUUAAAGCUAGGGAUUUGAUUAAGCUUCUUUCGAGAAGUGUUCCUGCUCCUCAGGCAAUCAAGAUUCUGGAAGAUGAAGUGCAAUGUGAUAUCAUCAAGAUUGGAAGCUUGGUUCGGAAUAAGGAAAGGUUUGUGAAAAGAAGGCAGCGGCUUGUGGGUCCUAAUUCUUCUACCUUGAAGGCGAUGGAGAUAUUAACCGACUGUUACAUUCUAGUUCAGGGAAGUACUGUAGCCGCAAUGGGUUCUUUUAAAGGUCUAAAACAAGUCCGAAGGGUUGUGGAACAGUGUAUGCGUAAUGAAAUACAUCCUGUAUACCAGAUAAAGGAUCUCAUGAUGAGAAGGGAACUAGCAAAGGAUCCAGCGCUUGCAACGGAAAGCUGGGAUAGGUUUCUUCCUAAGUUCAGGAAGAGUAAUGUUAAGCAAAAGAAGCCCAAAAGCAAGGAGAAGAAGGAAUACACAGCAUUACCUCCUCCUCAACCGCCUAGCAAGGUUGAUAAGCAAUUGGAGUCUGGAGAAUUCUUCUUGAAUGACAAAAAGAAGUCGGAGAAGAAGUGGCAGGAGAAGCAAGAGAAACAGACAGAGAAGAGUACAGAGAAGAAAAGAAUGAGAGAUGCCUCGUUCAUCCCACCUGAGGAACCUGUGCAGAGCAGCAACAACUCAAACAAAUACGAGGAGGGGAAGAAAGAUCUAACCGAGUUAACACAAUCCUUAAAGAGCAAGACAAAAGAGUUGAAGAAGCAGAAGAAGACGCAAGAGAAAGUGAAUGCAGAGGAGUACAUUGCUGUUGCGUCUGGUGAUAAAUCUUCCAAGAAGAAAUCCAAAGCCGUGAGAGAUUAAUCUUAAAACAUGUUUGCUUGUAUUUUUAAUCACAUCAGUGUCUUCAAAAACUAUACAAAAAACAAACAAGUUCAAUCUUAUUUUGAAGAAUCCGCGCCUGUCAGAUGUAUGAUUUAACUGAACUCCCGCGUUGAAUCAUAGUUCUGGGUAGCU